UUUCCUCUUGCCUGCAGCUACACAGAGGGUGGAGCAACGUCACCUACUGGAGGUCAGUAGGAACCUCGGUACUAGUGUAACUGAAUGCUCAGCCCCUUCUCGUUAGUUUUCUCUCAGCUCCCUCAUUCAGUGACAGGCAGGGGAUGCAGCACAGAGCCUGUGUUUGGGAAUAGCGGGGACUGAGAGAGUAGAGGAGGCUUAAGCUCUGGCUCUUCCCACAGACAUGGGCACUAGUUCCUUUAGUACAUGGGGGAGGUGUUGUUGAAGAUCUGUUAAUACAAGCAGGGCUUAUUGUGGCUGCUGGCUGGCUGCUGCUGUCCUGCUCUCAACCCAGUCUUGGGUAGUGACAAAAGCAACAACAGCAGCAGCAGAGACUGAGGGAAGAAGCAGCCACACUUACAGCUUUUUAAGCAGAUCUGCUCUUUUGUGUGAACAAAACAACGAAGGAAGUCAUGCGUCUGCUAUAAUGGAGAUAAAGGACUCAGGCAGCGUGGUCCUGACUGGAUACCAUUCAUACACUCCAUCUAGUUCACCAAUAAAGGAGCAGAGCUUUGUGCCAGAUAUGCCAUCCAGCCAGUCUCCUAUGAUCAGGAAAACGUCUUCACGAAAGAUUAACAGAAUGCUUUCCAAUGAAUCCUUGCAUACUCCUCAGUUCAACCGUUCCAUCUCUGAAUCCUCCAUGGACAACUCAUCAAUGGAAGAUUUCUGGUGUGAGGUUAAUAAUAUUAAAGAAAGCAGUGAAGAUGGACAAGACGAUAGCCUGUUAAUGGAAGUAAAGCCAGCAGAUGAAGGGGAUCUGGAAGCUGAAUGGCUGCAGGAUGCUGGCUUGUCCAACCUAAUAUCUGGCACCCAGGAACAUGACGGACAGGCAUUGUUGUCUACACUGACAAGAACACAAGCAGCUGCUGUGCAGAAAAGAUAUACCACUUAUACUCAGACAAUGAGGAAGAAGAACAAGCAUACAGUGCGGGAUGUAAGGGAUAUCUUUGGGAUCAACGACUCCACUCCAUCUUUUGAACCUAAAACACUGUCGCCUAUACCAUCAAAUGGGGUUCAGCAUAUGAUAAAGAAGCCAAUAUGGAAACCAGUAACCAAUAACAGUUGCACUUUAGAGAAACCCAGUCCAUCAGUGGCAGAGGAACUUUCUUUUGAGGCCUCCUUCUCAGAAACUGUUGCAGUUGAUGGCAAAGACAAAGAGAGUGAAAAGAACCAGCGGAUCAAAAAGGAUGAUUCUGCUUUGCCGAAAUUUAUCGUCUGGAAAAGCAGGUUUGGGCUUACGGAAGUUGGUGAUUUGUCCCUGGAAGACAUGAAAAAAAUCAGAUAUCUCUCUCUCAUUGAAUUAACAGCAUUCUAUGAUGCUUUGGGAAUUGAACUAAAGAGAAACCGAAUAGUAAGAAUAAAGGGAAAAGAAAAUGGCCUCUUCGGAGUUCCCCUGACAACACUGCUGGAAAGUGAUCAGAAAAAAUUCCCAGGCACGAAAGUUCCCUUGAUCUUCCAAAAACUGCUGCAGAGGCUUGAAGAGACUGGUUUAGAAACAGAAGGUAUACUCAGGGUACCUGGAUCAGCUGCUCGGGUUAAGAAUCUGCGGGAAGAGCUGGAGGCUAAAUUUCACGACAACUCGUUUGACUGGAAUAAAGUCCGCAACAAUGAUGCCGCAGGCCUGUUAAAAAUGUUCAUACGGGAGCUGCCUUCUCCUCUCUUUACUAUGGAGUAUCUCCCUGCCUUCAUCACAUUGGUGGAAAAAAUCUCCAAGAUCAAAUUGCAGCUUCAAGCUCUUCAUCUAUUAAUCAUGCUGCUGCCAGAUGCCAACAGAGAUACUGCCAAGGCUUUGUUAAAUUUCCUGAAAAAGGUGGUUUCAAAUGAGGAAAAGAACAAGAUGAGUCUGUGGAACGUGUCUAUGAUCCUCGCACCAAACCUGUUCAUCUGCAAACGCAAAAGUACAAACAAGGAGGAAAUGAAAGCAGCCGCGUCCACAGCCCAUAUUGUUCGGCUUUUAAUUAGGUACCAGGACAUCUUGUGGACGGUUCCUUCUUUUCUAAUCUCACAAGUAAGGAAAAUGAAUGAGGCAGCUUUGAUUAACAAUAAAAGGCAGCUGAUUUUUGAUAAGAGCGUAAGGAGGUUAUUACGAAGGAAAACCAUGGAGCGAGAAAGACCUGAAAGGAGAGAGCACUGUGACGUACCUGAAGGGGUGAUAAGAGUUUAUGCUCCGCUGCACUCAAAGGUUUCCAUGGCAAUCCAGCUGAACAGUCGCACGAAAGCCAAAGACAUUCUGGCACGAUUUCACUGUGAAAACAGCCACGGAACAUCAGACAACGUGAGAAUACACAACCAAAGCUUAUAUGAAAUUGGAGGAAACAUAGGGGAACAUUGCCUUGAUCCUGACACCUAUAUUUUGGAUGUGUAUCACGUUAAUCCUCAUGCAGAAUGGAUGCUAAAGCCAAAAUCCAGCUGAAGUUACUGAAUGCCCAGGCUACUGGCACUUUAUAGAAUGAUGGACUGAAGUGAUCUAUGGGAAUUUAUUACAUCCAAGGUCUUUAAUCAUGGACUGAGCUGAAGAUGGGGAAAUAUUACAUAGGUACUACAGAAAGAACAUAUUAGGUCUGGCGAGAAAGACACAUGACUUUGGAAGAAAGUUUUUUUCUAGUAAUUAUUUUUAAUAUAAACAAGAUAUUGCUAAGAAGAAAAACACUAAUGGCAAACCGCCAUUUUGCUGGAAACCUUUUGCAGAGCCCCAUGUACAGGGUUCUACAAGUAUUAUUGCUGACUUAUGGGUGGGUUGGCUCUUCUGGGCGCUUAUUGCAGGACCUGGGAGGUGCAACUCUCUAACAAAGAGUGGGAGACAAUGUCAUUUUUGCUAUUUUUAAUGAAGAAUGUGUGCAGUGACGUGAAUGCCUUGGUGAGCAUCAAAACCUGACGAUAAAGAGAAUGUGACGUUUGUACAUUCGUUUGUACAGGAAACACUAUGUUUGUACAGUUACUUUUUUUUACCUACGUGUACAUAUAUGUAUGUAUUUUUAAUGUUAUGCUCUGCCAGUUACACUCAUGUACUUCACCAAACCUUAAUUUACUUCAGUAUUCAUGUUUAGAGGACGGGCAUCCAUAUUGCACCAGUCCUGCCCUUUGCCAGGGUGUGAGCUAAUGUUACAGAACAGAUGUAUAAGUCAGAUUCCAUUCAUUAAUACAUCUAUGCACAAACCAAAGACUCAAUAUCAAGAAGCACAUUUUUAUAUGGACUUGUUAACUCCAGAUAAUUCAUACGUGUAGGUAUUUAUUAACCAGCAAAUACCCCUGAGGUAACAGAGAAGUGCAGAAAAAUAUUUAUUUUACUCUUUUAAAGAGGAUUCCAGUAACACAUUAAAGUAGUGGCCCACAGAUUAAAAGGGAGCCCAUUGCUAGCGCUUAGAUAAGCAGAAAACUGGAAACACAAGAGAGUGAUCUUGUCUGGACAUUAGGACUGAGUGCCAGCAGAUCAGCUCACGGAUGUUUAACCAGAUUGGCUGCCAGGAUAGUCUUUUAAACAAGUAGGUUUACCAGACUUGUGAGGUCAGAUAGAAACAGAAGGUGCCUAUUUGUGGUAGAACAUUAGAGGUUUCAUCAAAAACAUUUUUGGUCUCAUGUCCUGGGAAUGCAUCAGUGGUGCAGGCCACAAUAGUGCAUCUGUAGCUUGCACUGAAAUUCUUAGGCUUCCAUCACUAGAAGCAGCAAAAUAGGUCAAGCCCUGUUUUUUGGCUUUCUUCAUGCAAGGUUCAAAACGAGAAAGAAGGUUGAGAUCAGUAAACUCAAGGGCAGUGUUGGACUGGCUCACCAGAGUUCCAGGAAAAAUCAUGCUGGGCCUAGCUGUCAGCGGGCUUUCCUUCUCAAUAAGCCAUUUGCCCUUGUGAGCCCUUUAUCAUGCCCAUUCCUCAUUUCUGUACAAGAAUAAAGUAGAGAAAUAGAAUGAAGGGUAGAUGAUAGUAUAUAAAGAAAAGUGGGGACGAGAAUUAAAAAGGUGAGUUUCGAGAGGAAUAAAAAUAGUUUGGAGAGUGGGCCUAUGGUCUAACCUUUCUGGUGGCACCUGGAACCCUGAUAGCGCUCAAAGGGGUUUUGUUCCACAAGGCAAAGUUGCAAAUAACCAUCUCUAAUAGCAUUAUGUGCCGAAUUUCCAGUUUAUCCACCAGAAACUCAUUUGUUUUAUACAGAGAGUCCAAUGUGGCCCCCACCAUGUCUAUGUCAAGUAGAACAGAUAGACCCACACACAGCAAACACAUCAGAUGAGUUCCCUAUACAAUCUUUUACUUAGUACAGAAAGGCUUUUGGGAUUUCAUUCCCAGAGUUUUAGGUCAACAGUGUGGUUGAUAAAUGUCCCUUCAUGUUAUAAAAUGCUAGAAUUCCUCAUUAUAAUAUAUUUACCUGACAUCUGAGAAAUAUUACUACCCGGCACAGAGGCUUGAAAUUAGUGCAGACGACUAUUUUCAUAGUCAUUUGAAUUACAGAUACCCUUACUUGUGGCUACUUUGAAUGCAACAUGUCUCCAAGGCCAAGACAAAACCCAUUUUUGUAGUAUAGACAUAGUAAAGUCAUAGAUCAAAAGCACAUAGGACAAUAUAUCUGCAGGGACAGUCUGUGGACAAGUACAAAUGCAAUGCAACAAAGAAUGCAAAAGGGCAACUAACUGCAUCUUAAACCUGUGUAACCUUAAAGGAAAACGAUAGCUAAAGUGCAUGUUGCUUCUGUAACCGAGUGCUUUGUAGCACACGUUUAAAAACCAAAAGCCUUUGCAAAAUGAAAAAUCUAAUAUCCCUACUCGCAAGCUACAUAAUCAUUUCACGAUUUGCUUGUGAUCUCUAUUUGGUACUGAGUUGGCUUUUGGGCUAAAAAUGAUUAACAUGAUUAGAUGAACAUUUAUACUGUGUUACUCUGUUGUCUUGGGCAAACCACUUAAUCUUGCUGCCUCUGGCACUGAAAAACUGACUGUAAGCUUCUAAGGUGAGAAGCUCAUUGGGCUGGGUAACUGUAUACAAAAUUGUGUACAACUGCCAGUGUUCUAGAUGAAUGUAUAGGGAGAGGAAUAAUGUACCUUCGGUUGUAAAACAUAGGAGUAUGAAAAGUCACCAGAGUUCCCUGACCAUAUAGGUAUGAAAUUGAUCAUCCAGAAACCUGGUACCCCAAAAAACUCUAAAAUACUGGUUUGGACUGAUUUGCUUUUUCUGUGUAAUAUGGAGAAAGUGCUUGUGUGAACAAUGAUAUCUAGCCCUGUAUAAAUUCAUAGUGAUGGCAAAACAAAUCCAUACAAUUCCAACAAUUUUACAGUGUUUACGAGACUUAUUUAUUAUUGAUCAGCCAUGUUUACUAAUAAGUAACUAACUGUACCCAUCAUUUUGAAUGAAUUUUACAGGAAGAAAUCAUUCCUGCCAGGAUAACAAUGGUCCAAAUCCUUAUUCCUGUAACAAUGACCAAUUUCUGUGAGUGUUACUGCUCAAUGUUGCAGCUGAAUUGCACUGAGCACUAACACCCCAUUGAUCUGCUCAAAGCAGUCAAACAAAUUACAAAUUAACAGUUUUAUCAUCUUGGCUAAAUGUGUAUUUUUUACAUUUUCUGGGGUAUAUGGUUAAAUGUUUUUGUAGCCUUAAGGAAUAUCUGUAAAACCGUUCUGGAUAACAGAUCCCAUACCUGUAUCAAGGUGCAGCAGAGUAUGUAUUUCUUAACUGGCUGUGGAACACCUUGUGGCUUAUAAAACCCUCAUAUUUUAGAACAGGUGUACACCAUUUCUCAUCAUAUCAAGUUUCAAUGAGUGACGUAAAGAAAUUGACCACUAAGUAGUGAUUAUAGUAAAUAAAACCACUAAGUGUAUAAAGGCAGAAGGUUGCAGCCUGAGUGUUUUUAUACCAAUCAUGGAGCUCCUUAUACUUUAGAGGAAGAGGGUUUUUUACCAGGCAGAAAGAUCAUGUGACACAGAUGACAUCACUAAGCUCCUGUUAUAGCUGCUGACAUCACAAAGCAUCAUUUAGAAUGAUCUGUUUUACAGGUUAUAUAUGCCUUUUUGACUUAUAUAGCGAAUAAUGUACCCGCUUUUAUAAAAUAUAAGGAUAUUAUGAGUUCUAUAACCAUGUAAAGGCUGAAGGUUUUCAUACAGCUCAUGGAACUCCAAGUUGACCAAUAUCCUUAUAUUUUACAACAUAGGGUACAUUAUUUACUAUAAUACACAAGUUUCACAGAAAUGACAUCACUAUGCACCAAUAACUGAUGACAUCAACAAGCACUGUUUAUAAGGAUAUAUUUUACAGGGUAUUCAUGGUUCUUGUGUAUUAUAGGGACAUAUUUAACUCUUCCUGCCAAUAUAUGAAGACAAUGCUACAAAACACUCUCCUACAGAAGAAGAAAAUGUUUUUGAAACUAUAGUAUCCCAGAUGCCAGAUCAGCAUUGUGCCUAUGGCAAGAGACUGCCUUCAGAUACUGGGAACUGCUAGUUCAGCGGCGAAUACCUCUGGUGAUGUGGGACUUGUUACUUUUUAAAAAUAUUCAUUGGAACUUUUUUGUAUUUUAUUAUUUUGUAUGCGAUUGUGUACCUCCUGGAAUUACAAUAUUGGAAAGGAA